AUGCAUCAGGUCUACAAAGGAUUGUGUCCCACAAGGGUCCUCCCAAAACCCCGAUUUGCAGCUGUCAGAACUCUCAUAGACAGCCAAGCAGGCGGAGAUGCCCAAAUCCUAGACUCAAACGCCCUGGUGCUCUACUUCCCCGGCCCCAACACCGUCACCGGAGAAGACGUUCUCGAGCUGCACGUCCACGGCGGCCCCGCCACAGUCAAGGCCGUCCUCUCCGCCAUCCCGAAAUGUAAAUCACAAGGCAAGAUCCGCUACGCCGAGCCGGGCGAGUUUACUAAGCGGGCCUUCCUCAACGACAGGCUCGACCUCGCGCAGGUCGAGUCCCUGGGCGAUACCCUGUCCGCCGACACGGAGCAGCAGCGGCGCGCGGCGGUGCGCGGCAACUCGGGCGUCCUGGGACGCACGUACGAGGGCUGGCGCGAGCAGCUCCUGCUCGCCCGCGGCGAGAUCGAGGCGCUGAUCGACUUCUCGGAAGACCAGCACUUCGACGAGUCGCCCGCGGACCUGAUGGACAACGUCAGCGCCCUGGUGUCCGACAUGCGGGCCAGCGUGCUCCGUCACGAGGCCGCAAGCCAGCGGAGCGAGUUGUUGCGGAACGGCAUCCGGAUCGCUCUGCUGGGGCCGCCGAAUGUGGGGAAGAGCUCGCUGAUGAAUCUGAUCGUGGGGCGCGAGGCGUCGAUUGUGUCCAUGGAGGCGGGCACGACGCGCGAUAUUGUGGAGGUGAGCCUCGAUAUACGCGGGUAUCUGUGCUCGUUUGCGGACACGGCUGGCAUCAGGACGAAAACUUCCGUGCGGCCCGGGGACGACCCCUUUGAGCCGGCGCUGGGUAAGAUCGAGGAGGAGGGCAUCCGCCGCGCGAAGCAGAAGGCUGCGGAAUCAGACAUCAUUAUCGUCCUGGCGUCGGUCGAGCCUCAGCGCGAGGGUGGCUUCCGGGUGAAUUACGACGCGGAGACUUUGAAGCUUGCUUCCGAGGCUCAGGCGUGUCUCGUUGUGGUAAACAAGCGAGAUGCGGUAGAUGAUGCUUCCCUUGCUGAACUCCUCAACCAAUUCCGGAACGAUAUCAAAGCCCAAGUGCCGGAUAUUAGCAACGUAGACCUCAUCACGAUAUCCUGCCGCGAAGCCCAGGUCAAAGCCACCACUCAGAAAGAUCCUGGAGCCAUCAACGGUCUUACCGACCAGCUGGUGCAGUCUUUUGCGGGCAUGACGUCCCUGCCGUCUGAUGAGCAGGAUCUGCUGGGCGUCACGGCUAGACAGGCGCAGCUCCUGGAGCAGUGCCGCGGGUACUUGGACGAUUUUAUGGCAGUCGCGCACCCCGAAGAGGAGGGUGAAGAGGCGGACAUUGUGUUGGCUGCGGAGUAUCUGCGGUACGCGGCCGACUGUCUUGCCAAGAUCACCGGCCGGGUUGAGGCGGGGGACGUCGAAGAAGUUCUCGGUGUGAUCUUUGAGAAGUAA